UUGUCUUGUAACGCAAGAGCCGCACGGUAGACAGCCGGAGGCGGUUAGUCGAUGAGCAAGAGCAAGUAAUCUCGAUAAGAAACUUGUCAACUAUAUUUUUAUGUCACAAAAUAUUGAUACAGUUCUUCAGUGACAGUGCUUGUGAACAGAUUGUGUUUUUAUGAACUAUAUGUGAUAGUGAAUCCAGUUCGACAAUGAACGGUGGUAAUUCUACAUUCAACAUGUCUAUCUUAGACUCCUACACCAGAUUUAUGCAGCGCAAUAGUGAUCCAAGAACGGAGAACUGGUGGCUGAUGUCAGGCCCUGGACCUCUACUCACGAUACUGGCGACAUAUCUGUACUUUUGCAAUUCAGUUGGCCCCCGCUACAUGAGAGAUAGGAAGCCAUACGAUCUCAAGAAUGUCAUAAUGAUAUAUAAUAUAUCACAAGUUUUAAUGAGCAUUUUCUUGGUGUAUGAGGGUCUGGUCUCCGGGUGGUGGAAUGAUUACAGCUUCUCAUGUCAACCAGUGGAUUAUUCACUUAGCCCUAAGGCUUCAAGGAUGGCAGCAGCAGUCUGGUGGUACUUUAUGGCAAAAAUCAUUGAACUUCUCGACACAGUGUUCUUUGUGUUAAGAAAGAAGAACAGACAGAUUUCUUUCCUACAUUUGUACCAUCACUUCAUAAUGCCAAUUUGCGCUUGGAUUGCCGUCAAAUUUUUACCAGGUGGUCAUGGAACUCUUCUGGGUGUAAUCAACGCUUUUAUCCACAUCAUCAUGUACACUUACUACUUCAUCUCGGGUCUUGGUCCGCAGUACCAGAAAUACCUGUGGUGGAAGAAACAUGUCACCACCAUACAAUUGGUACAGUUCUGCAUAAUCUUCUGUCACAACUUCUUCGUCAUGUUCAAUGAAUGCAACUAUCCCAAAUUCAUUAAUUUCCUGCUCGCUCUCAACGCCGCACUUUUCAUUUACAUGUUCGGUAACUUUUACUACAUCAACUACGUGAAGAGCAAAAAGAUCGCGCAAAAUGAGAAUGUCAAAUCAACAAAUGAGAAUGUCACAUCACCAAACGAGAAUGCCACAUCAAUAUCAGCAAACGGGAAAUCAAAAGACUCAUAAUGUAAAUUAAAGUAUUUAGUUAUUUAUAAAGUUGAGAGAAGCUAAUCUAGCUUUUCGUAAUGUUGUGAUAAUGAUAAAUAUUGUUAUUCUAAACUUAAUUACAGUUUAGCAAUAGCAACCACCACAAGGUCUCGGAAUAUAAUAAGUAAGAAAUGAAUGCAUGCUAUGAUAAAUAAUUUUUAUAAUUAAUUA